AUGAAGCAACAUGUCAUUUCCGACCCCGAAGCGAAGGGGGUCAUCAAAUCAAUCAGUGACAUUGUGCAAGCCUUCCUGUGGCGAGCUGCUAUCAGAGUGCGAUAUAGGGUAGCCAAUGGAGGGUUGCCCGAGUCUCUAAGACCACAGCUUGAGCGUGGAAACGGACGUUUCCGAUUCCUCGUCACUUUCCCUAUUAGGAAAGAUGGAGGAAUCGAACUGGCUUUUGGUACGCAUCCGGAGGAGUUGGAGAUGUUCCAGGCAGAUGAAGAGUUUACGAAGUAUGCUGAACUUGUAGAUACGUGCUGCUGA